AGCCCAUACCAUCCGACGAACAUCGGUCCAUCUAUCAGUCAAUCCAACCACCGAUGCCGUGAUAUAAGGCGUCGUGGGUCUCUGUCCUUUCUUCUCUUCAUACCGUGUCAAUUAACCUAGGUUCCUUUCCAUUACCCCAGCAAGAUGUCUUUCCGUGUUCUCUGUCGCCGCGGCGGGAGUCCGAGUGCGACAGUUGCCCGCAGCUUGUCGAAGCUCAGUGGGAAUGUCGCUCAGCCGACACAGAGACGGAGUUAUUCCUUCUUUACUUCGUCGAUAAAAGCUGGCGGCCUCAACAGCACAUCCUUCCAAUCACGCCACAUGACGUUCCUUACAGUCACCGGAAUCGUCGCUGGGUUUGUCGCCGGAGGUCUGGCUAUGACCAUGAAGCCGGAGCCUCUACGCUGCGAAACUCCAUCAAGCAACAUCCGCACGAGCCAGGCCGACUCAAACCUCAAGCGCGAAUCUGGCGUCACCGAAAACUCUCCCAUCCGCCUCCGAAUGGAAGCCAUGAUCCGCGAGCGCCAGAAGGAAAUCGUCGAAGCCCUCGAGAAGGUCGACGGCAAGAAGUUCCUGAUAGAUCAAUGGGACCGGCCUGAUGCUGGCGGCGGCGGAGGAAUCUCUUGCGUGCUACAGGACGGAAACGUUUUCGAGAAGGCUGGCGUAAACAUCUCCAUUGUAUACGGCAAACUCCCUCCGGCGGCGGUGAAGAAUAUGCGUGCGCACCAUAAAAGCUUGGAUCUUACUGUCGACUCGCUUGACUUCUUCGCCGCGGGAUUGAGUAUGGUGCUACACCCGCGCAAUCCUAUGGCUCCAACGGUUCACCUGAACUACCGCUACUUUGAGACCAUGAACGAUGAUGGCACAACUAAGGCCUGGUGGUUCGGCGGAGGGACCGAUCUCACUCCUUCGUAUCUCUUCGAGGAGGAUGCAAUCCAUUUCCAUAAAUCCCUCAAGGAAGCUUGCGAUCGCCACGACCCCGCGUUUUACUCCAGGUUCAAGAAGUGGUGCGACGACUACUUCUACGUCAAGCACCGUCACGAGACCCGCGGAAUCGGAGGAAUCUUCUUCGAUGAUCUUGAGGAUAGGGAGCCGGAAAAGCUGUUGGCGUUCUCCACUGACUGCUUGGACUCGUUCCUGCCCGGCUAUCUCCCAAUCAUUGAGAAACGCAAGGACAUGCCCUUCACCCCCGAAGAAAAGCAAUGGCAGCAGCUCCGUCGUGGCCGAUACGUUGAGUUCAACCUCAUCCACGACCGCGGUACCGCAUUUGGCCUGAACACUCCCAACGCUAGGGUUGAGUCUAUCCUCAUGAGCUUGCCGUUGACCGCUAGCUGGCAGUACAUGCACUCCCCCGAACCUGGCUCCAGGGAACAGCGUAUGCUGGAUGUGCUCAAGAACCCUCGACAGUGGGUUUGAUCAAUGGUAAUGUAGGGCAUAGGUACGAAUGAUAUGAUGUGAUAGGGUGGGUCGAUAUGGGCAUAUUGUUUUCGGAUCAUUGUAUUUGUACUCUCGUUUUCUUCUCUCGAUUGUGUUUGCUCGGAAGUUUUUGAUAGAUUCCAAUGCAAGUAAUAGAGCAACAUC